UGACUGGCGAGCUUCGUUCCAACAAGAUUUCAAAGCACGAAAAAGCCUUUUUGAGGCCAGCUUGUUGUCCAGGAAGUCCAUCCGGCUAUCGAUAUCGCCAACGAUCUUCUCCGAUGUCUCAAGAUCCAACAAGUUCCAAUUCAUCUCUCGACUCAUUCCAAACCUCUCGGAGGUGGCCCAGCUGGAAGCUAUCCUUUGGCGCAACGGCAUCAACAAGGAUCAGCUAACCCAGCUGGAUCCGCUACCACAGUUGAUAUCCACCGAGUCGUUCCUGCCGCUCGAGUGGUUCGACGAUUACGACUACGAUCCGAUGUCCGUGGAGCGUUGGCUUUCGAUUGAGGAUCUGAAAGGGUUUGCCUUAGUUCAGGACUUCGAGUCACGCGAAUGGACUUGGACGCCAGUAUGUGUCGUAGAUUACGACGCGGACAAGCUCCGCUGGAUCGUUGAGGUCGGUGGACAGGUUUGGGAGAUUCCACGGAUUCGACUGUAUUUGCUGUACGAAGAUCCCGGACAGUACAGCAAACGGAUUCUUUUCGCCGUGGAGCAGCGAAACUACGCGGAAAACUAUUUGAGAUAUUCUUACCUGUCCCGAUUGGUGGAUGUUGGCGAGUACUUUGAGAUGAUCGAAUCUACCCGGGACCGGUUAAUCGAGCGAUCGAGUCCGGACGUGUUCGAAGCGUUCAACGCCGUGUACCGCAGGUUCCACAUCGGCCUGUCCAUGAACGUGUGUCUGGAGCAGAACGAGUGGCUUAACAUUCAACCCGUUCACAUGGUUUGCUACAAGAGUCUGCCAUUUUGCGUGGAUGAGCUGCGCGCGUUGUACAGCUUAGGGGAGCGCUUUGCGCUGAUCAAGCGAAUCAUACUGCUGAGCCAUCCGGCGGUCUACAAUGCUUUGCGAUUGGUGCACUACGAGUGCGAUGUUGUGAGGGAGAUGUCUCUCUUUGUUACGGAGUUCCCCGAGCCUCAAACCCUGGCAGCGUUCAAGGAGGCAAACGAGGAGCAACUCGGGAAGGUGAUGCAAUAUCUGCAGAACGCGUGGAUUGAGCGGACAACGAUGCAGGUCCACAAGUCCCUGCUGAACGUCGGUCGCGGCUGGUUCAACAUAUCCAUCACCAGCUGGACCAUCUACCAGUUCAUGAAGCUGUACCGUCUGGUCGAGCAGAUCAAGCACCGAAUGCAAGCCGCCCUUCGCGAUCUCGUCUUAACCUCAACGGAUGUGUUCUGCCACCGCCUGUGCGAUCCCUGCGAGUUGACCCUCCCGAUAGACGAGAACUACUCGUGGGAGGGCAGCUUGAUCGAGUCUCCGUUCGAGUCGGGCAAGACGCCCGUGUUCUACCUGCUGCUGCACAUGGGCGAACAAGCUCCCUACUUCUCAACCGAUCCGGACGAGUUCCUGCCGUGUUUGGAGACUCUGUUUGUGGAGUUUGUUGAGCAAACGCACGACGUGCACCUGAUCGAUCCGUCGCUGUUUGGCUCGCUCAUCUUUGCGCCCAACUUGUUCCUGUCUUCGAUGGGAUUGAGAGAUCCGACGAUCUGGGGGAGGAGAGAUCACCUGCGAAUGUCUUACCGGCAGUGUGUGAUCCCGCUGAAGGCUUACGCCACUCGCUACACUGAGUUCAAGACGCUCUUCUUCACCAACAUUACGGAGUACGUAGAAGAGGUCAAGAGCACCAAGACUUCGCUUCAGGUAAAGGAGGAGAUCUCACUACAGAUUCGGAUGCGGGAGAGUUUGGAGCGAACGCUCCCACUCAGUAUCGUGAUUGGAUCCUUCUGGAUCGACGUACUGCCCCUCCGAACGGCGUUAAUCCAGAAGAGAGCAGAUCUUACGGCGGCCCUUCUGAAGAUGUUGACCGAGCGGCUUCGCGACAAGACCUCGGAUAUUGUGUUCGACUACAACGAGAUCAUCGAACGAAUGUGCGAGAAGCCGGCCUCGAUCGAGCACAUCUACGAGAUCCGCGAGUUUAUGGACACCAUUCCGGAGCUGCUGCAGCAGCUGGAAGAGCGCAUGAAGACGGUGGUGUUCGAGUACGAGAUCUUGGACCACUUCCGGUACGCGCUUCCCGACGCGGACUUUUACCAAAAGUGGACGGCGCUGGGAAUGCCAAAAGCGAUUCUCAAUCAGAUCGAGUCGGUGCACGAGUUCCACGAGGGCGAGGUGGACAAGUUCCGGAAGCAGCAAGUGAGUGACGAAGCUGGGUUCGCAAGUAGGGUGGAGGAGAUCAACGUGCACAUCUCCAAGUUUACGACGGUUUAUGACGUGGCCAAGGUGACGGAAGUGUCGAUCGAGGUGAAGAAGCUUUGGAAAACGAUCAACGAGCUGUUUCAGUAUGGGGAAACGCUCAACAAACGACAGGAGCUAUUCGAGAUGGCGGCGAUCGACUUGUCCAGCUUGGUUGAGCUGAAGGAGAGCUUUGUGGGUUACAAGAACAUGUGGAUCUUCGCCGCUGAAUACAGCAAUGUUGAAGAAAGUUGGCGCAAGAAUCCCAUAUCCAGCGUGGAAACCGAAGUGGUCGCUCGAACCUUGUUCCACUACAAAAAGUGUUUCGGGGAUCUGCUCGAUCCGUUCGAAGAUCAACCCCAGAUCCAGAAUGUCAUUCGGACUUUCCUCGCACGAGUUGAGCAGUUUGAACCACACAUCGCCAUCAUCGAACUGCUUCAACAUCCCCUCCUGGAACCAAUCCACUGGAAUCAACUUGCCAAGGCUGCCGGAAUCAAGGUAAAGCUCUCAGUGGCGGCAAACUUCGAGCUGUUCCUGGAAAACCACAUCGAACAACAUUCGGAACUGUUGCGGGAUAUCAUUGCGAAGGCCGAAGAACAAAAGGAAGAACUGGAGCGAAUUAAAGCUGCCGAAGAGGAAGAACGUCGCAAGGUUGAGGAAUUCAACAAAAAUCGAGAGCUCAGGCGACUGAAGCGAACUGAAAUUUAAUUGUGCAUUCAAAACGUU